UAUGCCACGAAAAAAGACGAUUUCUUUGAAGAGGAACUGCCCCCAACGCAGCGAAGCUGAAGCUGACCUCUUGAGUGAAGAACCACCUGAAUCAUCCCAAAAAAUUCAUAAAGUACACCAUGAUAAAGACGAUGACAAUGACCUUUCUGUUGUUGCGGUGGAAACCAUUACUCCAGAACCAGGACAAGAUGAUGGGUCUUCAUCUAUUUUGGAAAAAGACAAGCUGAUGCUCAUGGCCCAGACAAUACAAACACUUAAACAGGAACGAGAUUUUCUCCGCCAAACUGUCCUAAAAUUGUCAAACAGAGGGGCAAAAAAAGUAAAGAAAGUCUUGGACACAAGCACUGAAUGCAGCACCAGUAACACUGAUGAGGAGUCCAUGACUUCUUCCUCAUCUUCAGAGUCACCUGAUAGUGAUAUUCCUCGGAAGAAGAGAAAGAGUCAUAAGAAGACAAAGAGGGCCAGCAGGUCAAAAUCUACCAAGCACAGCACACGUGCAACAACCCCUGAUGACGUACUAAGGCGGUACAACAAAGUUUUCAAUGCCUAUAAAAAAGAAGGGAGCAUUAGUAAAGCAUGUGCCAAAGUUGGGGUUGACCGUAAUACUCUCGCAUUAACAGCUGUUGUGGCUGAAAUUCAGCUUGUUGAUGCUGAGUUUUACAGAAGCAUCCCUAAAUUCAGAACCAAGGAGGAGAAACUUUUUGACUUUGCCAAGAGGUGCCUGCAGUCACUGACAACAGACUUAAAAUCUGUCAUUGAAAACGCCAAACAAGAGCGCAAACUUCUGCCAAUAAAGUAUAAGUUCAGAUAGAAAUAUACAAAUCUCUUAUGUGCAGAUGUUGUUUAAAGUUAAAUUGUAGAUUCACAUCAGUAGUUAUUAAUUGUUACCCCACAUGUCGUUCCAACCCCUGAGACCUGAAAUGACACUGAACAGAAUAAAUCGUAAAAUAAUGUGUUUUUUGUCCACACAAAAGUAUUAUCAUAGCUUAAUAGCAUUACAAUUGAACCACUGAAGACAAAUGUACUCUUUUGAUGUUGUUGGUACUGUAUCUUUCUAGACUUUAAAUGCCUUGCAACUCUGUCAUUCUAU